AUGAAGAUGAAAUUGGAGGAGCAAGAAAAUCUAAACCUAAUUCACCCAACAGCAACUCUAGAAAUAGACAAAGAUCUCACUCUCCUACCACGCAUCAAACUCAACCUCACCGUACACCCUUCCUCACCUUCAUCCUCCAUAACAAACCAAAUCGACGAAUGGAAAACGAAACGAGCCUUACUCGAUUUUCUCCAAACCUCGCAUUCUCUUCCCUUUCCUCUCCCCGAAGAAGACCUUCAAUUCAAACGCUUCAACAAAGACCUCAAAAAGCGUAAACGCGAAGAUCCCGUCGUUUACGGUACACUUCACAUCUGGGACCUGUCGUUUUUGAGUGAGAAGAAUGAAAACGACGUUGUGAAAUGGAGGAAUGGUUUUGUUGAGAAAUUGAACGGUGUUGAGUUGAAUCUUCAAGGGGUUAGGUUUAGGCUUGAUGUUGAUGUUCCUGAGUGUGAUGAUUUUGAUGGGAUGAAGAAGAAUUGGGAAGAGUUUUAUAGUUUUCGGAAUGUGAAUCGGAGUUCGAGACGUGAACCGGAUACGAUUGUUGUUAGUGGUGUUCCAUCGCGGUGGUUUGCGGAGACUAGGGUUUCUUCUAAACCUUCUAUGCUUGUCACUCAUACCAUUUUUUCGAAGUUUGGGAAGAUAAGGAAUCUUAAUGUUGCUGAGGAUGAUUCAGGUAAGGAUGCAAAUGAAGACAGUGGAGACCUAGUUUCGGGGCUUUACUGCAAGAUCGUGGUUCAGUUUGAGAAAUAUAGAGACUUCCAUGAUGCAUUGAGAGUUCUCAGUGGUCGCUCUUUGCAAAAGCAAGGAUCAAGAUUAAAGGCUGAUUAUGUGGUUACUUGGGACAAAGAUGAAUUUUUUCGUAAUUCAAGGAAUCAAACUCAAGAGAAAAACAACGCAAUAUCCACAACUGCAUCUGAUCAUUAUAAAAGUGAAGCUCCCCGGCGCCAGGUCUACAACUCUCGCCACAGUCCAGAUAAAGUGCGCUCGAGGAGAUUCAGGGAAUAA